CGGCACGGAGGCGAGGCUGAUCUCUGCUAGUGGGACGGGAGGGGAAGUGCGGAGGGAGAGCGCGGUCUCUGCACGGGCCUGUCGGCGUCAACUCCCAGCCGCCUUCUGCAGACGCCGCUUCCCACCCUCCCUCUGGCAGAUCCCAAGGCGCCCCUGGCCCUUGCGCCCACCGGCUCCAUGGCUGCUCCGGCUUCGCGGACCUUCUGGCUCACCGUCGGGACGCUCCUGUUGCUCCUGGCUGCCCUGCUCCACUCUGCCUCCCCAGAGAAGAAAGUGCCAAACAGACCUUUGAGAACACGCAUCCAUUCAUCAUCUGGCAGGUCACCAAUUCAGUGGAGACCAUCCCAUUCUGCAAACUCAAGCCCACGUAGAUACCCUGGUUUCCUUCAUGGAUAUGGGGAGAGCAACAGAAAAAUGAGUUUUAAAUUACUGCCAAAAGAAGAAAGAACCCAUAAUAUUAAAAAAAUAGCAUCUGAAUCAGUAUAUCGGGUUUCAUCACAUUCAAGGAAUUUCCAAGGGCGGAGUCAACCGGUGCAUCAGGCUGCAUUAACCAAGAGGAGAGUCCCAGAGGAAGAUGAACUGGAAGAAACAAAAGACGUAGCUGUUCGGGUCAUGUCCUCUCACUCAGUACUGGUCACUUGGACAGAUCCCUUCAGUGAAAAGCAGAAAAAACCUAUCCCCUCCAGGCAGUAUACUGUCCGUUACAGAGAGAAAGGAGAAUCAGCAAGGUGGGAUUACAAACAAGUAUCCAGCAAGCGGGUCUUGGUGGAUAAACUAAUUCCAGACACUAUGUAUGAAUUUGCAGUUAAAAUUUCACAAGGAGAAAGGGAGGGCAAGUGGAGUACUUCAGUUUACCAAAGAACCCCAGAAACUG